AUGUCUCCUCAUUACCAUUGGUGCUUCACGUUUUAUCUGCUCUUGAUUGAUUUCUUUUACUUAACGCUAAUCAGCGUCACGUAUGCAACAAUAUUCUCUGAUUCACUGGAUCUAUGUCAAACUCAGUGUAUUGAUCGAAAUUUGGUAGUUGCGCUCGCUCGUGGAGCAAUUGAUUGGGAUACUUCGCUACUUGAAAUUAGUCUAACUCAACGAAUUAAUGCAUGCCACAAUGGUUGUCAAGAUCUGGAAUCAACAAAUUCGACUUGCUUAGAGCGCUGUGAUAAAUUAAUGCCAACAGAUAGUUGCAUGCAGGGCUGCCGUGCUGUUACCGAUAUUUUCCUUUAUCAUUUGCAAGACUUACUGGGUCAUGUGCAAGUUGAAAUCGAAGAUUCACCAGUUGGUGUAAAUACAAUUUGGAGUUUGGAUAGUGAUUAUGGUUCAGUCAUCAGUGACAUAUUGGUGGAUGAUGUAAAAUGGGGUGUUCAGAGUCGUCCGGCUAGUGCUUCCGUCUCAUGGGAUACUACCACUUUUGAAAAGGCAUUUAAAAUGGAAACCUUGGAAGCAAGUAUAACUAUACCUUCGGUUUUUGCUGAACAAAUAGAGCUUCGAUUGUGCAUAUCUUGGCGGAACUAUAUUAUCGUCUCUCCUACACAUCGUCUUCAGAUCAAUGACACUGAUAAUGCUAAGUUGUUGCCUCCAACGAUUAUUUCUCACUUACAGACGUCAGCAAACAGUUUUGUAGUUUGUUGGAAAAGCGCGUUGAAGCGUUUGUACAAAAUCUCAUUGUACUCACUUGAUGAAAAGGAAAUCUCAACAACGCUGGUGGAAAAUACUUGCUAUUUGUUCCAGGGAGUACCCACUGAUAAUUGUUGUCGUGUUGAAAUUGGUUAUGCAAAUAAUGAUACUGCUUCUAUAUCCUUACGAAUUGAUCUUAUCAAUAUUGAAAGAAAGCCAGAAUCGACAGCGCAAUUAAUUUUUACGAAUGGUACAUCAGUGAUGAAACUCUACGAUAUUGAUGAUUACGCUGUCCUUAGCGACCCAAAAUUAAUUCCAUUCGAGUUAAAGCCCGGCAGAUCAAUUACUGCACUGUGCACCGUAUCAGCUGAACGAUUAUUAAUUGCAUUAGAUGACGGUAGUAUCUACUGGUUAACUAUCGGUGAUGAGGUAUUAAGCGGAAUAUUGCGGUCACCGGACGGCACAGCAAUUGUUCAUAUGGAUGUUGAUCACAUGCAAGAUGCUGUAUAUGCCGUUCUUUUUAAAAAAGGAAUACUCAGAUGUGGCUUAAUAGACUGCCUAAACUCGACAAUUUUAACAACGAACACAAUUAAUUAUAUCGAAUAUAUCUCGAUUGAUUCAUGGAAUGGGCAUAUAUAUUGUAUACUAAAUGGUGGCGAAGUGUUCUCGAUACCACUAUUUCCACUGGAUGCCCCGCAUAUUCUCCCAUUUUCUGCAACAGAAAAAAUGCCCACUAUUGCAUUUGCUAUUGAAGCAGAGCCAGAAAAUUCAAGGCUAAUUUCUCUCACACAAACUGGUUCCAUUCUGGCAAUAAAUAUCGUAAAUCAAUCAGUUACUGAUCUUCGGCUGAAUAUUGAAGUGAGCGAUAUGUACAACAACAUCAAAAAAGCACAUCUUUUUGGAGAACGACUGUUUUGGACAUCAACAAGCUGUGGCGACACACAUUCCUGGGAUAGUUGCUUGUACGGCGAAGAAUACGAUGUCGAAAAAAAGAAAAUGCAUUUGAAUCGUUAUUUGUACUCCGGUCGAGUUGUUGAUUUUAUAUUCCUUCGUGACAGUCCGAUGCCAAUAACAAUAACCUCGCCAAGCAAAAUAGGCCUUAUAACAGCCGAUAGUACUGCACGAGUCAUUUGGGAAUCUCCAACAUUAUUACCAUUUCAAGCACAAGGUGCGUGGCGUAAAUUGCUUUAUGAAUGUCGCAUAAUUGGUGACGAAGAGGAUGGCAGUAUAACGGCAGAAUUUACACAGCUUUCUGAAACUAAUUUGUUAAUACCGGUUUCUCCCGGACUUCAGUAUCAUGUAUCUGUUCGAGCCUGCAUCAAUACGAUAUGUUCCGCUUACGCCAAUGCUAUCAAUUAUGCAUUUGCCCCACUCACUGAACCUUUACUUGUCGCAUUCCGUCGGACGAUCAAUAAUAAUGUCAGUUAUUAUGAUAUUCUCGGUGAUCCAAUCGAAAAUUACACAUUGCCUGGUCCGGUACCGGUAGAUAAAACAGCAGUGUUUGCUUACGAUAUUUUGGUGAAAUCAUUGUAUGUUGCUAAUACGGGCAAGAAUAGAAUAACUCGAAUACGCGGUGAUGGUUCCCAACAACAUUUCAUGGAUUCAAUAACCGUAAAGUUCAUGACAGUGAUGUCGCGUAAUGCACUGAUCGUCGUUGCAUCUGAUUAUUUAAUAGUAUCAUAUCGUUUAACAUCCACAUUUGACCAAGAGAUUUAUUCUUGCGGAUCUUUUAGCGGAUGUGGUGAGGUAGGUGGUUUAGCUGGUGAUGAUGAAACGGGUGAUAUCUUCUAUCUGAUUCGUUUUUCAAACGGGACAACAAGUUUGUAUGGUCUUAAUCAAGAUGUUCGCACAUCAUAUUUUAUCGCUUCCUCGCAAGAUUUUCCUGCAUUGCGGCAAUUAAUUGUUGUGAAAGAGAAACUAGUAUUUAUCACUGAAACAGGAGAAGUAGGUGUCUGUGAUAAGAAACUCGGUUCACUGAACAUUCAUUUGGCUCUCAAGAAUGUGGCGCUUAUACCGAUAUUUUAUUUGGAUUCUAUAAAACCAAUCAAUUUCAUAGGAGCCUUAACGACGGAUGAUAAUACUGCUAGAAAUACGCUCACGUGGGAUAUUGAACCGAUGUUCUUAACUGGAAAGAUUAUUUUUAAAGUUACAAUAUACAAAGAACACUGGGGUCGAGAACGUUUUGUGGAUUAUUCAUUGUCACAUAGUUAUACCAUAAGUGAUAAACUUCUUUGUCAAUGGCCUUCGAAACAGAAGUAUGAUGCUGAAGUAGAAGCGCUAAGUGCCUGGGAUUUGAUAUCAAUAAAUCAAAGUGGCCUGAUUGCACCAACCAAACCACCAUCUCCUCCAACAAAUCUAACCAUCUAUGCUACACAACAAAAAACUGUAGAUGGUGCCCGGGCAUUAAUGGACUUGUUUUGGGAGGAACCAACAGAAUGGAAUGGGGAAGCACUGGGUUAUUUGGUCAAUUGCACAGUGGACGGUGUCAGUGAAUCGGUCGCAGAAGUACCUGCCACAAUACGUUUCUAUUCUUUUAGUGUGAAAUCGGGAAGUGUCAGUUGUGCUGUCGCAGCUCAUAAUGAACCAAAACUUGAAACAUUUUCGGAAACUGUUACUAUUGAUAGCAGUGAAUUACGACCAUUGGUCCGUUUAUUUGCGAUCGAUUCUAAUAACAAUGUAUUCGCUAUCACAAACUGGUCGCCCUCUUCGUCUCAGCAGUCAACUCGUGCCAAAAGACAGACCUCAUCACUACUAGCAAUCAUGGAGCAGUCAAUAGCAUAUAUUGGCAACGACUUAUAUUCGAUAAGAAAAGAUUUCGGCUCCACUCAACCCUCUCUACUACGUCUUGAUCCUAAUAAUGUGGAAAAUAUUCUACAUAAAGUUUCAAUAGGCGGCGAAAUUGGUAAAGUGGACGCAAUGACAUCUGACUGGGUAGCUAAUCGUUUGUUGUUCGUUUCAACAGCACGUGUCAUGCAAUUACCUCUUGAUGCCAUUCAAAGUCUUUCGAUGAUUACACCACGUCGCAUAAUGAAUCUUUCAUCAGGUGCUGGUGAUGCGAAACAGCUGCUUUUCGACCCAUUCUCCAAUACCGCUUUUUUGCUUACGAAAAAUGGUUCACUUUUUGCAUUGGAUCUCAAUAUGGGUGUGGAAGAAAACAUGGCCCUUAGGUUAGAAUGUUUGAAAUCAGAAACUGUAUCUUGGAUGAUGGCUGAUUUUGCCUGGAAUCUUGCUUCAUUACCAGUCAUUUAUGUACUUACUUGGAACGGUAUGGUUCGCGUUGAUUUAACAUCCUCGAAGUGCGAAGAAAUAAAAUUUGCAUGGGAAAAAUUCGGAGAAAAAGGACUCAAAUCAAUACUAUCCUUUGCAAUCGCUGAUAAAUUGUAUAUUUUUGUCACCUCCUCCGCUCUAGUUGUUUAUGAAUUGGGCUCUUCAACAGUAACACCAAUCGCCGUCAAUGGUUCGCCACUGAAACAAAUUCUGGUUGCUACACAAUCUACUCAACCAUUUCCGGAACGGUCGUGUUUUGUCUUGCCCCCAGCAUCUGAAAUUAAGUUCACUGUGCAAAACGAAGAACGAAGUGGAGCAUUAAUCUCGGUUAACGAACCUCAGCUACCCAAUGUUUGUCCCGGUAUCACACUUCCUCUGACGCAGUACGAAAUUCAUUUCCAACGAAGAGGGUCUGAUAAAAUUCGCAGCAUUCACAGUAUUAGCAAUGUCCUUCAUGUCGAAAAUGGUGUUCUGGAUAAAGAAGCUGACUAUGAUAUAUCAGUUUCAUGGUUCAAUCGAUAUACACCGGUAUCAGAAGCUAGUGCAACACAAAUGCUUCGUACCGGUUACGGUUUCCCUUCAUCACCACUGGAUCCAUUAGCUUUUGCUCUGACUCCAGAUAUUGUAUUACUUUACUGGAAAUUACCUGCUAGACCGAAUGCACCAAUUCCUGAAAUUAAAUAUAUGAUAAGUCAGCUUAGUGCGACACAGAUUUCUCCCUCAGCAAUCGGUGCGCAGCAGUUUGAAGGAGCAAAUUACGCUAUUAUGCCAACUGAUGUCGUUUCCUGUCUGAGUAAUCCUUGUUCUGCAAAAAUUUCCAAUCUGCGCCCUUCUACCGAAUAUAAAUUUUGGGUGCGUGCAAUCCAUGAAAGUCAUCUAAAUAUGCAAUUUGUGGAUGAUGCAGAAGGAAGUUCCGUAGAAGCAUCAGUUCGUACGAAAGAUAUAGCUGGAACAUUGCGUCUUGACAAUAUUACUGGAACUGCUGUUGUACUUCGGUGGAAUUCGCUCGACCCUGAAUGCUACCCAAAGCGUAUAUAUAUCCAGUAUCGGAUUGUGGGAACGAAUACUGUUUGGAAAUCACCGUAUAAUGCAUCCUUCGAAGGUUCUGCUAAAUCGGUGGCUGUAGUUGUACGUGCACUGCAUUCGGCCACCACGUACGACUAUCGUUUUACAGCGGAAUACGUGGAUAGCUAUCAUUAUGCAGAUCAUGAUUAUUUCUACAAUGAAACAUUUUUGCAGGUCUCACAGCAGUUUCGAACAAAACCUGGAACUCCGUCAGCUCCCGCAAGCAUACGUCUUGUUCAGGAACACAAUGAAUGGGUAGUACGUUGGGACAAGCCAUUAAGCGAUGGUGGUUCACCAAUCACUUCAUACGCUCUCGAAUUCAGACCAAAUGAAGAUGCUGAGUGGGAAAUAGCAGAACGAGGAUUAGAAGGUGGCUGCUUGUGGUGGAAACCGUUGAGAAUAAAUUUUCUAGCUGAAUGUGCCGAAUUUCGAAUUCGGGCAGCAAAUUCGGAAGGCUUCGGUGCAUAUGCAUAUUCAAAGCAUCAUAGUGGGAGAAUCACACACUCAUUCGUUAUGGAUUAUAAUUGUCACACUUCUCAUCGCUAUCCUUUUACUAACCGCUGUCAUUGCUGUAUUAUUUUAUAUUAUCAAAGAAUUGAUGGAAGGCAUAAUAAUAUUCGAUCGCAAGAUAUAAGCUUGCACGGUUAUACGAAUUCAAUGAAAAGAAAUAUUUUUCCUCCACAACUUAUUAAUGAUCUGAAAAUUAUUUCUCGGGUACCGAAAAACAACAUCAGUUUAUUACGUAUAAUUGGGAAAGGAGGUUUUGGAGAAGUUUAUGAAGGAGUUGCAAAUGGAUUACCUCAGUCACCUACAAAAACGAUUAGAGUUGCUGUCAAAACUCUAAGAAAUGGGUUUUCCGAAUCAGAUCGGAUAAAGUUCCUUCAAGAAGCAGUUUUGAUGAACAGUUUCGAUCAUCCCAAUAUUGUAAAAUUAUUGGGUGUUUCACUGGAAACAGAGCCAUACUUUCUGAUUGCUGAACUGAUGGAAGGCGGAGACCUUCUUGGAUUUCUUCGUUCCAGCCGUCCAUCUGACUGUUUCCCGUCACAGCUUUCGUUGUAUGAACUAAUUGGAAUGAUGGUUGAUGUAGGACGUGGUGCUGCUUAUCUAGAAGUUAAGAAGCGCAUACAUCGCGAUUUAGCAGCUAGAAAUUGCCUUAUUUCUUCGAGGAAUUCCAAUACACGAAUUACAAAAAUAGGUGAUUUUGGUCAUGCUCGAGAUAUUUAUACUAACGAUUAUUAUCGUGUACAUGGGGACGAUUUCCUUCCAUUACGAUGGCUUUCACCAGAAUCAAUUAAUGACGGUAUUUUCACAUCAAAAAGCGAUGUAUGGUCUUUCGGUAUACUACUGUGGGAAAUUUUAACUCUUGGUCAGCAGCCUUUUUCAGGCAAAAAUAACGUGCAGGUGAUGUCCUUCGUAAAGAACGGUGGUAGGCCAGAGAAGCCGCAGUUCUGUCCAGAUGAAAUGUGGGCUCAUUUUUUAAACUGUUUUAUCAUGUUUAUUUAUUGUUCACAAACAAUUUCUUGUAGUUUCACUAUUGUGGAGCGUGCAUGGGUUUACGAUCCAGAAGAACGUCCACGAUUUGCUGAUCUUUUGCCAGAACUCGAGGCUUUGCGUGGUUGUCCAUUGUAUCAGGAAGAUAUUCCAUAUCCACCGAACUGUUCUUCUCUGAUAACUGAUUCAAAUUUCGAGUUUUCAUUCAAUUCUAACAUAAGUCGUGGAGAAAGUGGACACAGUGGAAGUAUCAGGUUUGAUAAAAGCGACAAUCCUUCAGCGAAGAAACAAGGCCGUCCAUCUAUUUUACGUUCGCUUCGUAGAGAACGUUCAAGACCGUUUUCCAACCUAGCUGACUUGGAAGCUGGUAAUCGAUCGAGGUCAGUGAAUAGUGUUACAAAUGAUAUGAAUUCAUCUACACGAAAUUGCGACGAAGGAUAUGACAAUAGCAUUUUCAUAUCGAAUUGCUGUUACGAGGUGCCAAAAAAAUCACAUACCAAGAAAUCACAGCUAAACCGAUCAAAGCAGCGAGCAUCUGAACUACCAAACCGUUCUCCUGUAUCGUCAUCAUCAAGUCCUCUCUCUUCUCCGAGGACUCCGUCAUCUGGUAACAGUGAUAUUCCAUCAAUGUAUAUUCGUCCAGCACGAGUUAGCCGAGUUUAA